CUCCAACUUGGCCCAAGCGCUACAGCUUGAAGAGAGCAGCGACUACGAGACGCAAUAUAAGAUGAGAUUGAAGGUGUAGUAGUUAUACAGCCUAUUGAAACUUUUCGCGACUGCCACCCUCCCUCCUCACGCCUGACUUUGCUGCAUCGCCAUCUGAAGUUGCAAAACUUCACCUCCGAGCUCUCCCCGCAACCAGGCGCGUGCCUUGUACCUUCACAUCACCAAAUCCAAGAUGGCAUCAAAAGUGCAGCUGGACAAGCAGCAACAACUGCAGACAACAUACCAAAACUACAAGACGACGCUGCAAAACAUCGCCUCCAAAAUCGGCGAUAUCGAGCAAGAGACAGAAGAACACAAGCUCGUCCUCGAGACAUUAGAGCCGCUACCCGGCGACCGCAAAUGUUUCCGCAUGAUCAACGGCGUGCUCGCUGAACGCACAGUCGCUGACAUUGUGCCCAUUCUGCAGACGAAUCAGGAUGGGCUGAAGAAGACGCUGGAGGAGCUCGUCAAGCAGUACAAGACGAGGCAGGACGAGAUGGAGAAGUGGAAGAAGAAGAACAAUGUCCAGGUCGUUCAGCAGCCUGGACAGUAGGCUGCUGAUCCUGGAGACUCGACGUUUGUUGAACGCUCAUCAAACGCUCGAUGUCGAAAUAGCACACUGUGGCGGCGGCUCUCGGGAAGGAGCGGAUCACGGUGACAUCAAUAAAGCCAUACCGAACACAAAACCAGUCUGUCUUAUUGAGGCUUUUGGCAGCGCUGUACGGCCACGAAUGCGCUCAGUGAGUUCGAUUUGAUAUCACGUUCGACGAAAGUUGUGGCAUGAGAUUACUAGAUUAAGUGCUGAAGAAGCGGAUUCGAGGCGUCGAGAGGAGUCAGUUUCAAUAAAUCGAUACACAAACAAUUAAACAAAUUCCCAGC